AUGUUAUCUUUUCUCCUGUUUUUACUGUUCCCUUCAGUAAUCCAAACAUGUUUGGUCAUCAGAUAUUCAGAGCCACCAAAAUGUGAGUGUGAAUGGACCGCGUUGACAUCUUCAAACAUUGAAGAAUUCAUCGGUCAAAGCUCAUUUUAUAUUCAAAAUAUCACUGGAAAAGAGGUCAAAGCCCCACUUUCCACUGAAGACGAUUGCAGUUUAUCGAUUUAUUGCGAUAAAUGGAGUCUAGUUAUAAUGGAUAAGAAGGGUUUCACUAACAAUGGUUUCACUAGAAUGCUGGGAGAAUAUUCAGCAGAUGCUCUCUGUGAUCCGUAUACUCAAAAAUGGCGUGUGGAUAAUGGGGCGGAGCUAGUGACCUACGACGAGUUAUACGGUGUUUGUGUGGAUUACGAUUUCGAGACUACAACAACACGAAGAACGACUAGGAGAAUAGUAACGGGCAACAACCCGCCAAGGCCGACUAUAAAUUUCAAACGGAAGUAA